UACCAUAAUCACAAUUCACAAACAACAAUGGGAAACGCUUUUGGAGGAAAAAGAAGCGUCAAAAUAAUGAACAUCACGGGCGAAACGUUCAAGCUCAAGACUCCGGUCCAGGCCGGCUCGGUCCUCCAGAACCACCCGGGCCACGUGCUGCUCGCCUCGGACGCGGUCGUGCAUUUCGGCGCCCGCGCCAAGCCGCUCGAGCCGCACCACGAGCUGAAGCCGGGGCGCCUCUACUUCCUGGUCGAGCAGCCGAGCCUUCCCAUGAUGCGGAGGGUGCGCUCGGGGGUCCACAUGACCGCCAAGGACCGCCUCGAGAGCUUGAUGCUCUCGCGGAGAUCGGCCUCCGAUAUAUCUGCCGUGAGGUCGACAGCGAGCGUUGAUGAAAGCGGCGGAGUUAGAGUCAAGCUGCGGCUGCGCAAGGCGGAGGUGGAGAAGCUGAUGGCUGAGAGUAAGGACGGUGCUGACGUGGCGGAGAAAAUUGUCGGCCUUUGCAUGAGCACCGGCGGCGGCGCUACGGCGGAGCGCGACGUGCAUUGUGGCGGCGGUGAUCGGGGAUUGGCCAGACAGGGCACGAGCAAAUCGCGCGAGAAGCGCGUUGGAUUUUCGCUAAUCAAGGAAGGAGAAAUACAUCUUGUGGAUUCGUAGUCUUAAUUAGAUUAUAAUUUUAGUAAUUGUUGAUAAGUAGUAUUUGUAAAUAUUUUCUCUUCUAAUUAUCAGCAACGCAUAUGUUUGUGCCAAUUUUUGGUAUGUAUAUGAAGAAAAUGCAGAUGUUGAGAAUGAUUUAUUUACCUCUAUAUUAAUCUCAUUUCUAUA